CAUAGCUACUGAGUCUCCCUUUGUAGCGGUCACUUUCUUCAGCAACUGUUAACUCCACCACAGAAGCUUUUUUCUCACAGAUUUUAGUGAAAAAGAAGGAAAAUGCCAGCUCAUAUUAUGCUCUCCUACCAGUGGGAUGACCAGGCUCUUGUGAAAAAGAUAUACAACCACCUCAAAGAUGAUGGUCUGCCAGUGUGGAUGGAUAUCGAAGGAAGGGUGAAGGGGAACAUAAACGAUGCGAUGGCUGCAGGUGUGGAGGAGGCUGUGGUGAUUUGUCCAUUCAUGACUCCAGCUUACCAGGCGUCCCGCAGCUGUAAGAAAGAGCUCAACUAUGCAGACACCAGGGAGGUCAUCAUCGUUCCGGUCAUGCUGGCCAACAACUGGGAGGCCAGUGAGUGGCUGGGACUGAUCACUGCGGGCCUGCUGUGGGUGGACUUCAGAAAUGCAGAAAAGGAUGACGAGUACUUUGAGAUGUGUCUCAGGUCUCUGAAGGAGGAGAUCAUGUUUAAUGCCGGUCACCUCCUGGCAGUUGAAGAACCUCCUAGUGAGGUGGUGGAUCACCCAGAACCAUCAAAUCCCCGCAUGAAGAAGAAACCAGGCCGAGGGUUUCGCCAUGCUCUCUCAAAACUCUACAUCCUUGAGUCAGGUGAGCAGCUAACCCACCCAACUGGUGACACCACAAGCACAGUGGAGCUCGAUGAGACACCUGGAGAUAAUUGUUACUGGGAGGAGAUUAAGGGUAACGGCUGUAAAUACUACAGGAACGUUGUCUCCAACAGAUACCUCGGGUUUGACCCCAACAGGAACCAGGUCCACUCUGAGGCCAGUCCGUCGGUGUCUGGAGAGUGGCUGAUGUUGGUGGAUCAGACAGACCAGAGCUAUCAGAGAGCCAUCAUCAUCAAGAACAAACACUCGGGGAAGUUCCUGGCAGUCCAAAAUGGCCACUUAAUUGGACUAACAUCAUACAAUGAAGACUGCAAAUGGUUUUUAGAAUAAAACGGGACGAUUUAACUUCAUUUCAGGAUGUGGUCGCUUCUGUCAAAGAUACAUUAGCCAUGAAGAAGGUUGCCUAAUGAAAAAGUAGUAUCAAGAAAAACUUGAUGGGUGUAUCUACAACAGGAGGUUUGGUAGAAAUACAAAAUUAAACAUUGUUUCUGUGACAAGAGGAACAAAUAAAAAAUAAUUAGAAUCUUU